AUGGAAGAGGCCACUGCACCCCUUCCUACGAAGGGGCGGUUGGUAAUUUGGAAGCUGGUCUUGGAGAACUUCAAAUCGUAUGCGGGCAAACGCGUUGUAGGACCAUUUCACAAGUGCUUCACGGCAAUCGUUGGACCGAACGGCAGCGGCAAAUCGAACGUCAUCGAUGCCCUCCUCUUCGUGUUCGGAAAGCGCGCGAAGCAGCUUCGUCAGGGCAAGGUGAGCGAGCUCCUCCACUUCUCGGAGAACCAUCAGAACAUCCAAUCAGCCAAGGUGUCCGUCUACUUCCACGAGAUCAUCGACAAGCCAAACGACCAGUACGAAGUCGUGCCGGACAGCACGUUGGUCAUCUCGCGAGUGGCCUACAAGAACAACUCGUCCAAAUACUUCAUCAACGACGACGCGAGCACCUUCACCGACGUCACCAACCUGCUCAAGACGCGCGGCAUCGACCUCGACCACAACCGUUUUCUCAUCCUCCAAGGCGAAGUCGAGCAGAUCGCCAUGAUGAAGCCCAAGGCACAAACACAGCACGACGUCGGCAUGCUCGAAUACCUCGAGGACAUCAUCGGAUCCAUCGUCUACGUAGAGAAGAUCGAAAAAGCCGCUGAGAUGGUGGAGAAGCUCAACGAAGAGCGUAACGAAAAGGUCAAUCGAGUCAAGGUGGCCGAGAAGGAGAGAGACCACCUCGAAGAGGCAAAGAACGAAGCGAUGGAAUACGUGACGAAGGAGAAGGAACUACUGGAGAAGCAGUCGAUGUUGUAUCAGCUCCGUCGAUCCGAAGCCGAUACCAAGGCGGCCGGCGUGUUGAAGAAGAAGAGCGAGGCCGAGGCCAAGUGGAAAGAAGAGAAGGAGCGCAUGAACCAGCUCAAGGCCGCUCUCAACACCAAGGAGAACGAGUACAAGAAGGAGAAGGACGAGUUCGGAAGGAUGGCCAAGGAGAUGGGUAACGCCAAGGCCGAGUGGGCUGUCUACGAACGCAAACACAUCCAGCUAGAGCAAGACAUCAAGCAUCUCAAGGAAAAGCGUAAGACCCUCGCGGAAGAGAUCAAGAAGAACGAGAAGAAGGCCCAAGAAAAGCUCGAGGACGCCGAAGCCGCCAGCAAGGAGGCGGACGAGUGCGCUGACGAACUGGGACAGCUCGAAGCGGCGGCGGCCGAGGAAGAGGCCAAGCUCGAGGUCAUUCUCGAGAGCCUCAAGGGCGAGACCGCGGGCCUACACGACGCCAUGGAAGUGAAGCAAAAGGAGUUCAUGCCCUUCCAGAAGCGCCUGCAUGCCGCCCAGGCCGAGGUCAACUUGGCCAAGUCGCAGCGCGAUCUUCUCGCCCAGCGUCCGGCUCUCGUCGCCACCAAGCUAGCGGACUCCGAGAAGCAGCUGACCGACGUCAAGGCCGCCAUUGUCGAGAAGAAGGCGCUUCUUGAGACCACUCGCACCCGCCAGACUCAGGCGCAGGCACGUGCGAAGGAGCUAGAGAAGCAGGUAGUGCGGUCUCGGGAGGAGGAGCAGAAGCUGGCAGCCGAAGUACGCCGACUGCAGUCGACCAUCGAACACACGAAGGAGACUGCUCGGGCACAGACCCAGCGGUCCACUCUGCUCACGCGGCUGAUGGACGCCGCGCGGUCCGGAACUCUCAAGGGCAUCAGAGGUCGUCUGGGCGACCUCGGCUCGAUCGACCCGAAGUUUGACGUCGCCAUCUCCACGGCUGGUCCCUCCCUCGAUCACAUCGUGGCGGAGACCGUCGAGGCAGCAUCUGCUGCGAUUGCGUUCCUCAAGAAGGAGAUGCUUGGCUCAACCAGCUUCAUCGUGCUGGAGAAGAUCGAGUACCUGCGCCGAAACAUGGGUCCUUUCACUGCCCCUGAGGGUGUGCCUCGGUUGUACGACCUGGUCAAGUCCAAGAAGCCCGAAUACGCCACGGCAUUCUACUUUGCCCUUCGCGAUUCCCUUGUGGCGAAGGACCUGGAACAGGCGCGAAGGAUUGCCUAUGGACCCACACGCUACCGAGUCGUGACGCUCACUGGUGAGCUGAUCGACGUUCACGGCACUAUGUCGGGAGGAGGCAAUACCUCCACAUCAGGCCGUAUGAACACGGUUGCGCAUACCGAGGAGGAUGCAACGUCGAGCAAGGACUUCAAGGUCAUGGCAAAGGAGCUCGAGAAGCACUCGGCAGCGCUUCAGCAGCUGCGCGCCCAGCGGGAGGAGGAGGAAACGGAGCUGGAGGCCUUGAGGAAGGAGCUCGAGCAUCUGCCCGUCCAAGCCAGGAAGCUCGCCAUGGAUGUUGAGGCGCUCACCAAGCAGAGCGCAGACCUCAAGGCUCGCCUCAAACAGCUCCAACCUCAGGCUCAGCUGACGGAAGAGGAAGAGGAGUCUCUUGCAGCACUCGAGAAACAGAUCACCAAAGGCGAGCGGGCGGUAAAGAAGAUCGAUGAGGAAGCUGCCGAGGUGAAGGCCGAGGUGACCGAACUCGAGAAAGCGAUCGCCGCUGCCGGUGGCGACAAGCUGAAACGUCAAAAGGCCAAGUUCGAGGCCGCCACCAAGGCCGUGGACGACCUGCGACGCAGGAUCAACCGCGCCAAAGUGCGCUUGACUUCGGGCAAGAAGGAAUCCACACAAGCUCGCUCGGCAUUCAAGGAGGCGGAAUCGCAGCUGGCCAAGACAGAGAAGGAUCUGGCCAAUAAGCAAGCCAAGCUGCAGAAGCUGGACGACUCGGCGGGCGAUGUCGAAGAGGCCUACAAGUCGCUGCAAGCCAAGCACGAAGAGAAAGAAAAGAAGAUCCAGGCCGCCCAACAGGACUUCCAGAAGAUGAAGGAGAACUUCGCUGUUAUGCGAGGCAAGGAGCUCGAGCUGGAGAACCAACUCUCGGAGAUCAGCAAGGUCCUGCACGGACACCAGAAGGCUGCUCAGGGCUGGGCGCAGCGCAUCACCGAACUUCACAAGAAGUACGCCGCGCUCUACUACGACUACUUGGCCGACGAAGAACUGCCCGAAAAGGGAGAAGAGGAGAAGGAGGGAAGCGACAACGAAAUGGAAGAGGAGGAGGACGACGAGGAAAACGACGAGGAGGGCGAAGAAGACGAGGAAGACGAAGAAAAAGAAGAAGACGAAGACGAAGACGAAGACGAGGAGGCGAGCGAGGACCAAGAAGGUGAAGGUCGCGCCAAGCGAGCGAAGACAAGCAAGAAGAAGGAGCGCAGGCCGACCAAGGCCGCACCGGCCAAAAAGGUCCAGCCGCGCAAGAGCAUCGGCGGUAAGAAGAGCGCGAGGGGUACACUCAGGGUGCUGAGCGCUGAAGAGCUGAGCAGACUCUCGCCGGAGCAGCUCGAGGUGGCCGUGGGCACUAAGCAGGACGAGCUCCAGUCCCUGCGGCCCAACCUGCAAGCGCUCAAGCAGUACCGAGAGAAGAAUCGCGAAUACGAGUCGAGAGCGAAGGACCUCGCCAAGAUCACCGAGGAGCGCGACGGGCAACGCGCGCUCUACGACAGCCUGCGCAAGAAGCGGCUCGACUCCUUCAUGGAGGGCUUCACCCAGAUAACCAUGAAGCUCAAGGAAAUGUACCAGAUGAUCACCAUCGGUGGUGAUGCCGAGCUCGAGUUGGUGGAUUCGCUGGACCCGUUCUCCGAGGGAGUGGUAUUCAGCGUGCGGCCGCCCAAGAAGAGCUGGAAGAACAUCAUCAACCUAUCGGGCGGUGAGAAGACGCUGGCUUCCCUCGCCCUCGUCUUUGCUCUCCAUCACUACAAGCCCACCCCAAUCUACGUCAUGGACGAGAUCGACGCGGCGUUGGACUUCCGGAACGUGUCCAUCAUCGGCCACUACAUCAAGGAGCGUACCAAGGAUGCGCAGUUCCUGGUCAUCUCGCUCCGCAACAACAUGUUCGAGCUGGCCGAUCGCGUCGUGGGCAUCUACAAGACCCACAACGCCUCCAAGUCGCUCCCGCUCAACCCGCAGGCCUUUGACAAGGUGCUGGCCACGGCCGCCCAGGGCGCCUUGAGCGCGGCCGCCGACAAGGAGAACCGCGCGCCGGCGGCGUCCGGGCGCCAGGUGGCCGUGUAA